CCCAAAACACCCCCCAUCGGCGAAUGUUCACACGCCGUUUCCGCUCCAUCGCAUCGACUGCAAGCACUACACACUACACACACACUAGCAGAAAAAGUAUUCCAUGCUACGCUCAACUGCCAUCGGCCCCAUUCGCAGGCCCUGAUCCCCCCAUAUCAUAUCCGGCCGCUGAUCCGUUCUAGUCUGACAUCUGACCAUCAUUCAUGGCCUUUAAAGCUUGAACCCCCUGGUGCCCCUUCCUUGCUUUUUUCGGCAUGUACCUUAGUUUUUACUUUCCUCCACAGUCUAAACGAGGCUUUCCGCUCUGCGUAUAUUAAAAGUCUCCGUUUCCCCAUCAAUUGCCUCUCUUUCCACCUCGCAACCGAUAUUUAUUCCGCCGUCUAUUCUUGCUCGCAUCUUCACAGCACCGCCGUGUUUUGCCGUGCCGUGCCGUGUAGUACCGUGCUUUAUCAUAUCGUAUCGCCUUGUACUGUUUAAUUCCCGCCAAAUCUCGUCGUUCGCCAUGCCGAUCCGAAAUCCCUUUACCCGUCGCCCUGGCGCUCUGGCCACAGUCGACGACAACGUUUACACCGACCAGGAGCGCACUUAUCCCGGCUUUGAGCGAGUCGACACCGUAGGAUCCAAGGCAUCGUCAGCUCUCAGCAUCCGGAGCGCCAGAAGUCAGGAUACCGAGGAAUAUAAGAUGAGUGUCGUCAAUGACAGCGGUGUAUAUCUCCCUCCCUCACCUUCGGAGGAGAAGAGCCACUGGCCACGCAGAUACCUCUCGUCGCGAGAAUCGUCAGACAGCUCGGGCGAGAUUGAGCAGUUUUCUAUUUCCCGAGAGUCUUUUGAUUCGUACCGACGCUCAUUUGAUAUUUCGGCACGAUCUCCCAUCUCUGCGUACGAUGUUCCCGCCCGUCAGAGCCUCGACUCAGCUCGAUUCGCUCGAAUGCCUAGGUCGGCACUCAACCGCAACAUCGAGCAACUGCCCACCGCCGAGGAGAACUUUGAGGAUGUCGGGCUCGACGACCAGAAACAGCCGCCUCGCAAACGAGGUUUCUUCUCCAAAUUGACAGAGACCCAAGAGAAGGACUCCUCGGUCCAGACAGGAGUCUCAAGAUUCCUCAUGCCCAGUCGAAAGAGGGCUCAAAGUGGUCAAGGUGCCGAGCUAGGCGCAAUGGACCAUCCGGCGGUGACUUCGACAGACUGAGACAACUACCACGGGAAGCAACGAGAACAACGACUCUGCAACUUGAAAUAAUUUAUCGUACAUACCUUUUAAAAGUGUGUCAGGCGCCCAUGUUUUUUUUUUCUGGAAUACGGAUAUGUUUGAUUUCUGCUACGACGGCGUUUGGGACGAUUCAGACGGUGGACGCAUAUUCGCUGCCGUCACACAUCUUGCAAGGACUGCUGUAUAAUGGGGGAGUUUGUAUUUCGCAUCCGACGCCGCCUGCUAAGAUGGAUCCGAUUUUCAAGGCUGGCAGGCCUGGAUAAUUAUGAUGGGAGAGGAAUAUCCAAGCAAGGAAAAGCAAGACGACUUAAUGAUAAUCACUUAUGUCGGCGAUCGCCUGCUAGGUCGCUAAUACACAUCACAUUAUAUUUG